UGUAAUCAAACAAAAAUUACCUGCUUGGCUCAGAACUGUAGUGCCUGCCUACAACCGACUGAUUACACCUAAGAAGAGAUCAACUUUCCCGAAUACAGAUAAAAUGGACGGAAGCGCUCUGCGUACCGUGAGAAUUGAGUGCGUGCUGAAAUUCCUCCAGGAAGCUAUAGAGAUCGUUAAGAUCUCGGUGCUGUUGCCCAAGCUGUUUGCGGAUCCACCAAAUCCCAUCGACCACCAAACGAUCAGGAUACUCGAUUACUUCCAGAAGAACUACCAGAUCUACAAGUUCUUCCCCCAAUUAAUGCGCAACCUGAGCGACAGGGACCGCACCCUUAUAGCCUCGUUAGCACUCCUCUUGGACAUUGCCAAAGAGCAUUUGUACCGAUCAUCCAAGAGCGAGAUCAGCAAGGAGCGGAUGCUCCAUCAGAUGUACCACAAGAACGAGGACAUCCGGAAGAGGCUCCACAACGUACGACGGGAUCCAACCAAGCGCCGCGUUAUGGAGAAAUGGAGAAUGGCGGCCACAGCAAUCUAUCUGGUAAAGAUCGAGAACGAUCUGGCCUACAAGAAGUGGCAGAACAAUGUCCGCAUUCAGAAUGAGAUCACAAAAUGCAGCCGCGCCAUGCGCACAAACCACAGGAACAGCUUGGAGAAACAAAAGGAGCUGGAGGAGCAGCUGCAGAUUGCCAGGGAGGCUUGCGCAAAGCUCACUCAAAAGCAUCUGCUUGAAGAGCAGGACGCUCGCAAUGAAAAGAACAAGCUGCUGUUGCAGCUUCAGAGUCUGGUGAAGAAGUACGACGCGAACAUGGGUGAUGACAUUCGGGAGAAUCUGGUGCUCCAGGACCAGUAUAUGGUGGCAAAGAAGGAGCUCGAUAAAUUCAUGGUCGUGUAUCGGCGCGAGGAGGCAGUAUACAAUGACAUUGUUGUGCGGCGGGAGCAGGAGGAGCGCCGACGCCAACAGCAGCGCCUCGUCGUCUUCAUGAUGAAUCGGGCGGAUUCGAAGAUACAGAAAUACUGGCGCAAGUGGCGCAAAGAUCAGCGCAAAAAGAACAAGCGCCUAAAGAAGGCCAAAAAGGGCAAGGGCUAGGGAAAUAAAAUUUCGUUAGUUAUAAAAUUGAUGCUCCGAAAAUAAACGGGAAAAAGU